CUUACUUUAAAAAAAGGGAAAAAACAAAAGGAAGAAACAAAGCUGAAGUCUCAUGGAAACUCUUCACUCCAGCAGCUGGGGAACUCUGCUGCCCAAGUACCAGGCUGGAUAAUGUUUUUUUCAGUAUUUUUAAGGCCACCAACUCAAUUUCCUCCUGGGGUUAAUUCAAUGGAGCCCCACUUGGUGACCUGAGCAAUACUGAUGAAAGGUGAUAUUAAUACGAACAGGGAGCUGAAUCAAUCCCACAGCAAACAGUUAAGCAGGACUAUCCGGUCACCACAUUAAGCAAACAGAUGCAUAGGAGAGCCAGGGAGGAGAUUCAGACGGCAGCCUUCUCCUAGGGCUGCCCCUUUUCUACCCACCAUCCCCCCAAUUCUUUUAUUCUUCCUCCCUCCCUAUCUCCCGGUCCCCGCAUUAUUUCCCUUCUCUCUCACACACGCUGUUCCUCUUCCUACCAUUGCACCUGCAAAUCGCCUAGCUACGCUUCCCCAGCCUGGGGCAGCCAAACUACGUCUCCCGUAGCGCUCUGCGACAGGGGCGGAGAGCACGUGUUUCCUCUCCCUUCCCGCCGGGCCCUGCAGCUUCAUUUACCCCGUACGUGCUGUGCCCGAGGGAGCCCCCUGCCAGCUGCAGCCAUGCCGAUGAAGGGCCGGUUCCCCAUCCGCAGGACCCUGCAGUACCUGGCGCAGGGGGAGAUCGUCUUCAAGAGCGCGGUGAAGGUGAUGACUGUGAACUACAACACCAAGGGGGAGCUGAGCGAGGGGGCCAGGAAAUUUGUGUUUUUCAGCAUCCCUCAGAUCCAGUACAAAAACCCCUGGGUCCAGAUCAUGCUGUUUAAGAACAUGACCCCUUCGCCCUUUCUCAGGUUCUAUUUAGACAGCGGUGAGCAAGUCUUGGUUGAUGUGGAAGAUAAAAGCAACAAAGACAUAGUGGAGCACGUUAAAAAAAUCUUGGGUAGAAGCGAGGAAACACUACAAAAAGAGGAGCAAGAGAAAAAGCAGCUCGCUCAUCCUGCAACCUUUGGAUCCAAAAAAUAUCAUCACCUGCGUAAAUGUAUGUGUGAAAUUGAAGGCCAGAUUCCCUGCCCUGGUCUAGUACCGCUGCCUAAAGAGAUGACUGGCAAAUAUAAAGCUGCCAUGAAAGAAAAAGUCACAUCCUGAUUUAACAGAUCAGGCAAUUCUGCUGACAUUCAAAGUGCAGACAGACAUAGGAUACAAGGUGCUUCAUAGCCUCUCCCGACAUGGACCAGUUUUUUGGUGUGUUAUUAAAUGAAAGACCUUGAUUCACAAGAGGUCUUUUUGUAGAUAUAGUUGGACCCAUUAAUGUUGGUUACUCAGACAAGUAGAAGAAAAUAUUUUUAAAUAAAUCUUUUUAAAACUUCA